AUGGCUGAUCCUUUAUUUUGUCUGCGUGGAGUAUCCAUUGCGAUAGCAAUAUGGAAUAUUAUAUAUUCUUUGAUUCAAAUGGGUAUUUUGGGAUGGCAGAUAAGUACAGUCAAGGGACUACAAUGGGAAUAUGAAAAUCGGCAAUUACCAGCCACAGGAGCUAUUGAUGGAUUUCAAGCAAGAUUUCCUGGCCUUUAUUCUAUUUACACUGAGACACCUGAGAGACGACGGAUAAAUGCAAUGUAUGUGAUUGUGCUGAUCGAUAUAUUCCUAGCGUUUGUACACUUUUUCAUGUCAAUAGUCUUAUUAUAUGGAUGUAUCAAGUACAAGAAGAAUUUCAUCUGGCCAUGGUUCUUCUCAGCUGGACCAAUCAUCAUCAUGUCUACAGCUUAUGCCGUGCUUUGGUGGAGUGGAGAUGUUUUUAAUGAACAAUUGACAAUGUCUGUAGCAGAAUUCGUCAUGUCUCUCGGCAUUAAUGGCAUAUGUCUCAUUAUUGUUCUCUUCUUCUAUUGGAGAUUAACUGGUCAAUUGACAUCAGAUAAGCCGGCAGAAAUACACGAACAUGUUCGACCGCCUACAAGAUACGAGAUGGCACACCAAUCUUAUGCACCUAUACCUGCUCAACCAGGUCGGAGAUCGGGACGACAAUCUGCUCCUCCAGCCGUACCGGCAUGGAGAACAGAAUGGCCAACAGUUCCUGAUAUCCAAUUGCAGAGAAAGAUCAAACGAAGAAGUAGAAGCCCACGUAGACGAGUACCCGAAGAAGUGCAAAGGUUGGACUUCUAUGCUCCUCAACCAUAUGACUCUGGGUUUCCAUGGAAAAUGGAAAAGCUUAGAAAGCCUGAGCCUAAACCGAAAACUCAAAGAGAAGCUAUCAAAGAGUUGUAUUACAUUACCAAUCCGGAAGAAAUGCCUGAUGUACCUAGACAGAUGAGAAGCUCAAUGAGAAAGCAGAGAGCUGCAAGAGGUAAGAGUCCAGAUAGAGUUACCUGGUCUCGUAACGAACCAUCCAUUCAUUACCGCACACCAAGUGAUCUAACACCUCAAGAACGGAAUUCCGUUGUUUAA